AUGAAAAGAGAGUACGCAGCAGCGGCAGAGCAGCAAGAUCAGCACCUCCCACCCUCCACCACCGCUGACGUCCUCGACCACAAGUUCCACCUCCACCCGCAGCCGCACCUCCGCCGCCCCUACGCUGCCUCCGCCGAGUGCCUCCCGACCUCCGAGGACACCGAAAGCCUCAGCCCCACACGCCUGAACCCCCCGCUAGUCUCCGGCGACGGCGCCACUAUCGAAGUUGUCCGCCGCCCCCGUGGCCGGCCCCCGGGUUCCAAAAACAAACCGAAGCCGCCGGUCGUCCUCGCCCAGGACGCGCCGACCGGGCCGUCGAUGAGCCCGUACGUCCUCGAGCUGCCGGCCGGCGUCGACGUCAUCGACGCCACGGCGAGGUUUUGCCGGCGGAGGGGCGUCGGCCUCUGCGUCCUCAGCGGCAACGGCGUCGUCGCGAACGUUACCCUCAAACAGCCGUCCGCCACCCCCGGCGCCACCGUCACCUUCCACGGCCACUUCGACCUCCUCUCGAUCUCCGCAACCAUCCUUCCCGCCGGCUCUCCGCCCGCGGCGGCGGCGGCGAAUACGCCGUUCUCGAUAUCUCUGGCGGGGCCGCAGGGGCAGGUGGUGGGGGGACUGGUGGCGGGGCCGCUGGUAUCGGCGGGGACGGUGUACCUCGUCGCUGCAACAUUCAACAGCCCGUUGUUUGAGCGGCUGGGGGUGGCCGAUCACGACGGAGGCGCGGCCGGGGACGGCGGCCGCGAUUCCCCGCAGAAUGUUUCCACUCCGAUGUACAGCUACGAGGCGGCGGAUGUCAUCUGGGCGCCCACCGCAAGGCAGCCGCAGCCGCAGCCUCCCUACUGA